AUGGCUGCACGGAAUCCAGGUCAAGAGUUUGACAUUACCACUGGGGCAGUAUGUGUGUAUGCAAGCAGGGUCGCGGACUGUGUGAGAGCCCUGAAGAAGGUUGGGGGAUCUCACAUCCCUAUUGCUUCAGUGGCUACAGGCUUCCCCACUGGCCAAGUUCCAUUAAAAACAAGACUGGAGGAGAUCAGACUUGCCGUAGAUGAUGGGGCAUCAGAGAUUGACAUCGUGAUUAACAGAGCAUAUGCACUUUCAGGGAAUUGGAAAGGUGUCUAUGAUGAAGUGCGUUUGAUGAGGGAGGCGUGUGGUGAAGCACACAUGAAGACCAUUCUGGCCACAGGAGAGCUGGGCUCAAUGACCAAUGUGUACAAAGCUAGUCUGGUCUGCAUGAUGGCUGGUGCUGAUUUCAUAAAAACCUCAACUGGCAAAGAAGGUGUGAAUGCUACUAUUCCUGUGGCACUGGUGAUGGUGAGAGCAAUCAGAGAAUACUAUCACAAGACUGGGUAUAAGGUAGGGUUCAAACCAGCUGGAGGGAUUCGCUCUGCUAAAGAUGCAUGCUUAUGGCUUGCAUUAAUGAAGGAGGAACUGGGAGAUGAGUGGUUGCAGCCACAUCUGUUCCGCAUUGGUGCUAGCAGUUUGCUGACAGAUAUUGAAAGACAAAUAUUUCAUUUUGUGACUGGAAGAUAUGCUGCUGCCCAUGAGUUGCCCAUGGCUUAAAUCCAGUUAUAGAAUGCUUAAAGAUUGGUAUUAUCUGAUGAAACACUGCCCUCCAUUAGUCUUUUCAGUGUUGGAGUUUUGUUAUAUCCAAAUGAACCUAAAUUUGCACACUUUUGCCAUUAUCUGACUUGGGAUGGAAUUAUAAUAUACCAAUAAAGUAUUCAUAGAUAGAUAUCUACCUUAAUCCAGUACAUAUUACUAACUUAUGAUAGUUGAGUAACUGCCAUAUUUUACACACUUGUAUAUAAAUGGGUUAUAUAAACUGAAUUAAGAGGCUGUAUAUAUCGCCUGCAUUUCACCACAUUUGUAAUAUGAUUGAUAAGGUUUUUGAAGUCCGGUUUAGUAAGUGUAAGUUGGAA